UUUGAUCUGUUUUUUCCUAGGAAAAAGAGAAGAAGUACAUGCUUCCUCUGGACAACUUGAAAGUGCGUGAUGUGGAAAAGAGCUUCAUGUCUAGCAAACAUAUCUUUGCAUUGUUUAACACGGAGCAGAGGAAUGUUUACAAGGAUUACCGUUUCCUUGAACUAGCCUGUGACUCCCAAGAGGAGGUGGAUAGCUGGAAGGCAUCUCUGCUACGAGCCGGUGUCUAUCCUGAUAAAUCCUCAACUGAAAAUGAUGAGAAUGGCCAAGCAGACAAUUUUUCAAUGGACCCCCAAUUGGAGAGACAGGUGGAGACAAUUCGAAAUCUGGUGGACUCCUACAUGUCUAUUAUCAACAAAUGUAUCCGAGAUUUGAUACCGAAAACAAUCAUGCACCUUAUGAUCAAUAAUGUGAAAGAAUUUAUCAACGCUGAGCUCCUGGCUCACUUGUAUUCUUCUGAGGACCAAAAUACUCUAAUGGAGGAAUCAGCUGAGCAGGCACAGAGGCGAGAUGAAAUGCUCCGCAUGUACCAAGCUCUAAAGGAAGCCUUGGCAAUCAUUGGCGAUAUCAGCACUAGCACUGUGUCAACCCCUGCACCACCUCCUGUAGAUGAUUCUUGGCUUCAGCAGGCCCGCAGAUCUCCUCCUCCAAGUCCCUCAACUCAGAGGAGGCCUACAUUAAAUAAUCCCCCAACCAGACCUUUAUCUGGCCGAGGACCUGCUCCUGCAAUCCCAUCUCCAGGCCCUCAGUCAGGGGCUCCUCCGGUCCCGUUCCGCCCAGGACCGUUGCCACCAUUUCCAAGUGGUGGUGAAGCCCAUGGAGGACCUCCCCAAGUUCCAUCUCGGCCAACGCGGGCCCCUCCCAGUGUCCCAAGUCGAAGACCGCCCCCCUCACCUACUCGGCCCACUGUAAUUCGUCCAUUAGAUUCAUCCCUGUUAGACUAAAUGAAGUUUCUGGCAUGCCACUCAUUGUUAACCAAAUAUGUGGAAGCAAACUGCUUGAUAACUGUUGCAAUAACCAAUGUAUAGUCGCAUGUAUGGACGUCUAUAGGCAAGUAACCAAUUUUACUGAUAUAUCUCCAUCCAUUCCGCAUUGUUUAUGAGCUCUUAAAUGUUUUGGGAAGGUGUGUGCUGUCUUGACUUUUCCUUGUGCAGUAGCUGAUGUUAGCUAAUGUACUGACACACUGUUCACCAAGGCACCCAUGCUCACAAUCCUAUACAGUCAAAGGAAGACCUGAGUCUGUGUUUGUGCACGUGUUGAUUUUAGCUGCUUCUUUUUCUCUUACCUGCCAAAAUCUUGCUUUUAUUUGUACCUUUCAUGUUUUCUGUCACGUGGUGUUUUACAUUUGUGCCCACUUUCUUUGUUAAUGACGAAACUGGGCAGAGAAAAGUGUGGUUUCUUAUCAAGCUCUUCUGAAGGCCUCACGCUUUCAUCUCUCUUGCAAGAAGCUUGUUGGAACGCUGCUUCUCCUAUCAUUUUUUCUUAUCUGCAGCUAAGUUUAUAAGGAAUGUCGCUAAACUAGAAGGGUAUGUGUGGGACAGUGUGUGCUUUACUUUCCUUCCCCUCUGCUGACUGAUAGGCAGAGCUGGUUGAGUGGCUGGUAAGGACCAGGCUGCAGCACCCCGGCUUGCAAGGAGUGGAGCUGGCUCACCCUGCAGCAGAGAUGUGAGAAGGGCAGUUUGAAGAGCCAGCGUGUGACAGAGCAGGCUGUGCCAGCUUGCUUUGUCCUCUGGUAGUGCUCGCUCACAUCGGUCCUCCGCUGAACUCAUGUGAAGCCUUGUGUGUAAGUGAGAGCAUGAAAUAUGUAUAUAUAUGCUGCGUGGCAGGGUCCAGAGAACUGAGAGAUGUAUAUAUGUAUAAAUAUAUGCACAGCUGUAAAUGGGCCCACUGUGGGAGCCAGUUCAGAGCUAUGGCCUAGAUCUGCAUCUGGGCUUUCCAAGGGAUCCCAUUUGGGUUUGAGAUAUUUGCUUACACCAGUCGAUAAAGUUCCACAACGUCCACUAAGUAUUUUCUCUUUGUGUCUCGUGACAUCCUAUUCACUUCAGAUUAGGAGUCAUUUCAUCCAAAUAGGUGCUGAGAAAUGCUCAGCUGUGCAUCCUGACCGUGCAUUUUUUUUUAGCAGAUGUUCACUUUCAGAAGUUCUCUGGCUGUUGUUUUACACUGUGUAUUAAUGUAAUAUAAAAACCUUUUGUCUUAACUGCAUUCCUUAACUUUAAACGCUUAAGGUCAGCAUCACCCCCGUAAUUUAAAACUUCUUGAGUUGACAGGAGUAAAACAGAGAUGAAUUUGGCCUUGUGUAGUCAGAAAAUAUUAAUUGCUGUUAUUGCAAUUAUGGUUACAGAUCCCUAGGCAAAGUGAUUGGUGGUUUCAAAGUCCCCCACUAUAAUCAGUCUAAUAAAUUCACUUAUUGAAGCUGUAUGUAGGGCUCCAGUAUGCUGCAGCCCCAUGGUUAGGAAGAAUCCAAUCAAGGAGCCACAACCAGUGGGGAUUUUGCCCAUUAAAUAUUCCCAGGCUGCUGAUUGAAUAACAGUUAUGUUUACUACCGAAGCAAAUCAUGUUUCUGCUUGUAGAAGAGAAACGAGUUUGGGAAAGCAUCAUGAUUUGUAUGCUAGCCCGACUUUAAUUUCCUGUCAACCACACACUUGUGACACACACCUGGGGAGCUGAGGUCAACAUCUGAAGCACGGGGAAACUUGUCAGAGCACCGGCAUCUCGGUGAGCUCAGAAGAUUGCUUAAAUGGCUGCUGUUUGUUUGGGGAGUAGGCUUAGAUCCUCCACACCGAGCACACAGAAUCAGCUUUCAAAGAUGAAAAGCUUGUAAACUCAACUACAUUGUUCCACCUCAGCCACAGAAAGUCACCUUAAUCCCAAAUGUUGGUAUUCGUUCAGUGCUACGGCGAGCCCAUGGGCUGUGUUUAUCCCACUUUAUCCUAAGCACUUGGCUGAGUUGUCCAAGGUCUCCCAUUUGUUCUGUGGAAAGAGAAGGGAUGACUCAGACUGGUGUAAUUGCUUGGGAGAUGAGGGUGGCAAUGCCGGUAAGUUAGGAGCCUCAAUUAAGUGACAUAGGUUUUGACUUAAAAAGGUGUGUUUAAGUCUUCUGUGCUUGAGACUCCUUAAUUUACUUUGAUGACCCUUUCUGUCAAGCAUAAGGAAAUAGCACAGCUCAGUGCAGUGGCCCCAGUGUCAGCAGGAAAGCAUUCUGCACUCAGUUUUGAGCUCAUGGGACGUGGAGUGCAGCUGCACAGCCUUCCCAUCCUUUACAUCUCCAUCACAUCUAAAUAAGAACCUGCUCCUGAAAUACAGAGCUUUGAGAUGUGUAAGCUAAUAAUUAAUGUUGAGCACAGAUCCAUAGAUUGAUUAAUUCACCUUGAAUGUAUUGCAUACACACUUUUUAGAAUGAACUAUAUAGAAUUGUUCCUAGGAAAAAUGCUAAUUGCUUCCUAAGAAAUUGCCACUUGCAAUUGACUACAUACUCUCCUCCCUAGCUUUGACCCAUUUUCCUCGUGCUGUACAGUGCCUGGAAUGUGUUUGUUUGUCCUGCUGGCUCCUGAUUCUGGUAAGCUGUGUCUCUCCCAU